GGCGGGGUCAGGCCAAUGAGCGGUGGCGGCAAGAUGGAGUCGGUGGCUCUGGUGGCGCCGGUAACGGCGCUCGAGUUCGUGGGGGACGUGCUGCUGGCGGGCACGGGCCCGGAGGUGGCGGCGUUCCGGCUGAGCGGCGGCGGCGGCGGCACGGCGGGGCGGCGGAGCGUGCUGCGUGAGGCCGAUGUGCAGGGGCUGCGGGCCGAGCCCGGCCCCGGGGGCGGCGGCGGGUCGGUGGUGCGGGUGGCGGCCUUUGGCGGGCGGUGGCUGGCCGUGGUGGCGGUGCGGCGGGGCGGGGCGGGCAGCGGCCCGCGGCUGGCGGCGUGCGGCGGCGGGGCAGCGCGGGAGCUGGGGGCGCGGGUGUGGGAGGCGCGGUGGGCGGCGGGCGGGCGGCUGGCGCUGGCGCUGGGCGGCGGGUCCGUGGGGCUGUACGAGUGGCGGGGCGGCGGGGGCUGGUUGCGGCGGGCGAGCUGCGGCGGGGCCGGGGCGCUGCGCUGUGCCGUGCUGGCGGGGACGGGCUGGGAGCGGUUGGCGCUGGCGGCUGGUACGGCGACGGGGAGCGUGGUGGUGUGGCGGGCAGCGGCGGCGGCGGCCCCACGGCGGAGGCUGCUCGGGCACCGGGGCGCGGUGCUGGCCCUCUGCUACGCGGCGGCGCGGGGGCUGCUCGCCUCCGCCUCCGAGGACCGCAGCGUGCGGGUCUGGGCCGUGGGCGAGAUGGGCGGCGGGGACGGCUCCUGCCUGAUGGUGUGCUACGGGCACGGGUCGCGGGUGGCCGCCGUGGCGCUGCGAGGGCCGUGCCCGGUCAGCGCCGGGGAGGACGGCGCCUGCCUGGAGUGGGACGGCGGCGGGGGCGUGCUGCGGGCGCGGCGGGGGCACCGCGGAGCCCUGCGGGCCCUGGCCCUGCGCCCCGCCGGCGGCUGCCUCGCCACGGGCGGCGAUGACGGCGGUGUCCGGUUCUGCCGGCCCCGGCGGGAGGCUCUGGACGGCGCCCCGGUGGCGGCGGCGCUGGGGGCCCCGGGGCGGCCGCGGGCCGUGGUGCUGGCGGGGCCGCGGCGGGUGCUGGCGCUGGGCGAGGCGGGCGGGCUGACGGCUUACGAGGCGGCGGAGGGGCGCUGGGUGCCGGUGCUGCCCGCCGCCACCACCGGUGGGACUCGCGGGGUGCUGGCGGCCGCCCCCCUGCCCGGCGGGGCCCAGGCGCUCUGUGCCCUAGCCGGAGGUGACGGGCGCCUCCUCAUCUUCGCCCUGGGGCACCCCGAGGCUUCCACCGGUCUGAGGCUGUUCGAGGGGGCCGUGCGCGGGCUGGGCUGGGUCUCCCGCCCCGGGCUGCCCCCCGACACUGCUGCUGCCCUCCUGGUCUCCGGGCCCGACGGGGAGAUGAUCUGGCUGGACGUUACCCACCGCCCUGGGCAGGAACCCCAGGUGUGGCUCAUGGGACGCUACCUCCUGCCCCCCUGCAAGCAGUGCUGGCACACCUGCGCAGCCUUCCUGCCCCAGGAAAGGCUGCUGGUCUGCGGGGACCGCCGGGGUUCCCUCCUCCUCUUCCCUUGCAGCAGCUCCCCAGGGCAGGCUGUGGAAAGCACUGGCAUCGCCAAUGGCAGCACAGACCCAGUCGGCGAGGACUGCGGCAGACAGUCAGAGCUCUCUUGCUUGUCGCACAAAGGGGCUCUUCCCCUUGAGGCCCCGCUCUCUGUGCUCUUCGGGCUCCACGGGAAGACAGGGGUUACUUCAGUGACCUGCCACGGGGGCUACAUUUACAGCACCGGUCGGGAUGGCUGCUACCGCCAGCUCUGCCUGCAAGGCCAGCGGCUGGAGGUACUGCGGAAGUACAGGCCCUGCAAAGGGCUGCAGUGGAUCGAGGAGCUGCGCUUCACCCUGGAUGGGGACCUGCUCGUGCUGGGCUUUCACUCUGACAACUUUGUGGUGUGGAGCAGCAGGACCGGCACAAACCUCCACUGUGUCCCCUGUGGCGGGGGGCACCGCUCCUGGAGCUACUGCAGCAGCUCCUCGACUGAGGCUUUCGCCUUUGUCAAGUGCGGGGAUGUGAUGCUGUACCGCCGCGAGGCUGAGCCCUGCGAGCAGCAGGUGCUCUUGGCGUCCCUGCAUGGGCGGGCGAUUACCUGCGUACGGCGCCUAGGGGCCGUGGAGGUGCCCGGCCACACUGCCCUUAACAUCUUUGUCACUGGCAGCGAGGACACCACGGCCUGCGUUGUAGUGCUCAGUGAGCACUCCCGGGGGGCCGUGCCACUCGCCCGGCUCAGUGACCACAUUUCCAGUGUGAGGGCACUGGCGCUGGCUGGCCCCACGGGAUCUGACCACAAGGGCUUGUCUGCCCUGCUUUUCUCUGCGGGUGGCCGGGCACAAAUCGAGUGCUACCAGCUGCUGUGUGCUUGGGACCCAGCCUCUGAGAGUGCCGUGGCCUGCCAGGUUGUCCAUGUGGCCUCCCACCGGCUGGACAAGCACUGGGACCGGAAGAAGAACAGGCACAAGCUUGUCAAGAUGGACCCGGAGACGAGGUACAUGUCCCUGUCGGUCAUACCCGGGACCAGCUCCGAGCAGCUGCCGACAAUCUGGAAGUUCCUGGCUGCUGCCUGCAGCGAUGGAUCAGUCCGGGUCUUUGGGCUGCUGGAGGCUGCCCGGAAGCUGGUGCUGGUGGCGGAGUCAUUUCACCACCAGCGCUGUGUGCUGAAGGUGGAGGCAUUCCUGCACACGCAGGCAGGAAGGGAGAGGAGGCACCUUCUGUGCAGCGCAGCCACUGAUGGCAGCAUCGCCUUCUGGGACAUCACCAGCCUCAUCACAGAUGCAAUGGAUGCCCUGCACCAAGCGGAGGGAGAGAUGCAGCCCCUGGCCCUGGGCACCCCGCUGCUCACCAUCAUGGCCCACAGCUGCGGUGUGAACAGCCUCCAUGUCCACGUGAUGCCAGAGGGACAGUACCUGGUGGCCAGUGGCAGUGACGACGGCUCGAUCCAUGUUUGCCUGCUGGAGGUGGCAUCAGGCGGGGACGAGGCUGCAGCAGGGACCUGCCUGCGCAUCCUGGAGCGGGUGGCCAGGCCCUGCGCCCACGCCGCCCAUGUGACAGGGAUCCGGGUGCUGCAGCCAGACCUGCUGCUCUCUGCCUCGGUGGACCAGCGCCUGACGCUGUGGCACCGGGGCCCGGGCGGGCUGGACGCACUCAGCACCACCUUCUUCCAUGUGCCUGACCUGGCUGAGCUGGACUGCUGGGAGGUGACAGAGGCUGGCGGGGAGCUGCGGUACUGCUGCGUGCUCUGCGGGCAGGGCCUGGAGAUGCUGCACAGCAUGGCCCCCACCAGGCCCGCUCUGCUGGAGGCUCCCCAGUAACGGGGCAGGCAUGCAGCACACCUUCCUCCCCACCUGCCUGGGGAGGGCACCCUGCACUUGUGCUCUGCCUGUCACCACAGCCCCUGUCCCAGCCUGCAUGCUGAUGUGUCCACUCUUGAGGAGACAGGUGUGCUUAGCUCCUCUGGGGACAGCACAGCCAUGUCUGGGGUGCUCAAGGCUGGCAAUCUCAGAGAAGGUGGCAGAUAUGGCCUGUCCUAGACAAGCCUAUGGCUCCCCAACCAGUAAAGGAGGAGUGGGGUCCUUGGCUCACCCUGCCCAGAAGUUCUUCCUCCCUGAGGUGCGAGGGACCUAUGACAAGGGUUUCCAGCCCUGGUCCCAGAGAGGAACAUGCCUGGGAGGGUACUGAGCACUGUGCCCUCCCUGCUUGAGAGCAGCAGGAUGCCAAGGCUGGUCAGGUGUGGCAUGUGGCAGGCUACAGCCUUGUGCUCCCUGGGGCAGGGCCCUGUGUGACAGCUGACCCUGCAGUGCUGGGGACACUGCUGAAAUGAGGGGGAAAGCUGAUCCUCUGCAGCAGCACCCUGCAGGGUGAGGGGGCAGCAACCCACAGGUGGUGUGCCAGCCUGGGCCUGGCCACACACCCCCUCAGC